CGUCGCGCGACUCGACGAUCGACUUGUCUUCCCAGAGAACAUGCCGCCUGCCAGAAUGGCAAAAUCAGACAUAUGCUUUUACGUUCGUGCUAUUUUCAAGUGCAAUAUCUUAUGAAAUGGACAAAGUAACGGUAAAAUAAAAUCUAAGCGACAGGAUCAAAGUCAUUUCCAUGAUUUUUGUUCUAACAUCGAAGUUAAAUUUUGGAAGAUCAGUCCCAUACACUUAGAUCUGUGUAUUGCAAUUUUACAAGAGUCAACACUGCACUGCUGCAGCUGCACUGCCCGCGAUUGCGAGGAACGAUCCUCCCAACUUCAUUAUGGAAAAGGCGACACAUGUUUCCCCACUGCAGCUCUUCCAGUCCAAGGAACCUGUGAAGAUGUGUGCUCCCAUGGUUAGGUAUUCUAAGCUGGCAUUCAGGACCCUCGUUCGAAGUUACGAUUGUGAUCUGACGUUCACACCAAUGAUUGUCUGUGACUCAUUUCUCAAAUCUGCGAAAGCAAGAGACAGUGAAUUCACUUCAAAUGAAGGAGACAGACCCUUGAUUGUACAAUUUGCUGCAAGUAAUGCCAAGGACCUUGCUGAUGCUGCUGAAUUAGUUGCACGAUACACUGAUGGUGUGGAUCUUAAUUGUGGAUGCCCUCAGCGAUGGGCCGUGGCAGAAGGAUAUGGUGCCUGUCUCAUCAAGCAUCCAGACCUGAUCAAAGACAUGGUCCAACAGACAUGGAACAGGGUAGACCGUUCAGACUUUACAACAUCCAUCAAGAUAAGGCUCCAUAAAGAUAUCAGGGAGACUGUAGAGCUUUGCAGAAGAGCAGAGCAUGCGGGCGUGUCCUGGAUAACAGUCCACGGUCGCACCAAAGAGCAGCGUGGAGAACCAGCCGACCAUGAUGCCAUCCGCAUCAUCAAGGAGGGGGUAGGUGUUCCGGUGGUUGCUAACGGAGACGUCAAAUUGAUGGAGGAUGUUAGGAGAAUUGUGGAGCAAACUGGUGUGGAUGGUGUUAUGUCAGCCAGAGGCAUAUUGCGUAACCCAGCUAUGUAUGCAGGAUAUGAUGAUACACCUUUUCAAUGCAUUCAGGAUUGGGUGGACAUAGGUCUAAGUCUAGGAACCAACUUGACCUAUUUCCAUCAUCAUCUUAUGCAAAUGUUGGAUCAGUACUUGCCUGGAUCCGAGAAGGUGAACUUCAACUCCCUAACCAGCACAACAGCCGUACUGGAUUACCUAGAAACUAACUUUGGCAUUGGUUGGAACCCAAACAAAAACUUUUACACCAGGAAUAAAGAGGACCUUGGAUGUCAUUCUCAUGGCCAGAGCAGAAUUUUAGGGAAAGAUCAUUUUGAAAAGUUCAUUGAUGAAUGUACAGAGGAUAGUUGACCCUUUGGGUAUAUUUUAUAGACCACACACUUCAAAUAAAAGUUGUGAGAGAUUGGCAUGUUCUGUAAUAGCCUUGUGUCGCUAAGUGAAGAAAACACAUAGUAGUGAACAAUGCAGCUGGUCAGUAUUACACCUUGUUCACCAUUAUUUUUAAUAAAACAUAUAUAUUUUCCAUCCCAUAAUAAAGUCUGUGAAGGAAA